AUGUGCCCCCCGGUCAGUGCGCGGCACGGGGCCGAGGGCAUGUCUUACCUCCACGCAUCCUGGCUGUAUCAGCUGCAACACGGGGCCCAGCCAGGGGUUUGCUUCGCGUGCUUCAAGACCGCCUUUCUGGAACUCCGAGACCUGCUGGAGUUGGAAGACUGGGAGGACGAAGACUGGGACCCCGAGCUGGCGGAGCACGAGGCGGCGGGGCCUGAGCAGGAGGGGUCCCCGGGCUCGGGGCUCGGCUGGGGGCAGGGCCAAGGUGACCCCGCACAGGGGGGUGCGGCGGGCUGGGGGCCGGGGCCCCUGGCGCCAGCCCCUGCGGGGUCCGAGGAGGCCGGCCUGGACCACCACUUUGUGCCCACUGAGCUGGAGCCUCAGGACGCGGCCCCCCUGGGCCUGGGGCCCGAGGACGCGGACUGGACGCAGAGCCUCCCCUGGAGACUCGAGGGGCCCCCCACCUGCUCGCACUGGCCGAGCCUCCCUCCUCCGUGGCAGGGCUUUCUCAAGGUGGACCUGCCCCCGGGGGAGCCCAUGGUGCUGGAGCUGGGCGCCACCCGGGCCGUGGACCCCGCCGAGGCCGAGGCCUGGCUCAGGGACCUGCAGGUCAUCUCCAUGGUGGGCUGCUACGACGCCAUCUACCUCCGGAAGAUGACGCCGGGCUGGACGCGGAGGACGCCGGGCCAGGGCUGGCGGGUGCUGCUGGAGCCCGACGAGGUGUGGGUGGUGAGGCUGCAGGAUGCGCCGCGGGAGCAGGACCUGCACAGGUGGCAGCUGAGCGUCCUGGAGUCCUCGCUUCCGGGCCAGACCGAAGAGCUGGUCCCCGCGGCCUCGGCCCUGCUCAAGAUGGGCUUCACCAUCCUCUCCUACUCGCCCUGGGCCACGAGGGAGGCGGAGGAGGGGGCCUCGGCGUCCAGGCCGCAGUCCUCGUCCUCCCAGGGCCGCGGUUCUGGGGCGGCUGAGGCCCGGAGCCCCGGGCCCGGGGCGUCCGGGGGGCCCGGGGAGGGCCCGGCUGCCGGGGCAGCCUCGGCCCUGGGGCAGCUGCCCCCGCUCCAGCCCUUCGGCCCAGGGCCCCGGGACUGA